ACAAAAGUUCAGAGACCUAAUGAGGGUUGUGCGCCACUUCAUCCUUUCUGUUGUACGUGGACUAUAGGACAAGUCAAGUCAUACGACAGCAGUUGACUAUUCGAGCACCUACUGCUACGCCUAACACCUAACUCAUCGCGAGGGCUGCUUUAGCUAAAAAGAACGGCCAUCGACUCAACAAGUUUAGGUGGCCGGCUGGGUAGAUCAACUGCAGACAAUUAGUCCAACCAUGUGUACCUUUUUUAGCGGGAAGGAGAGUAGGUGUACGCAGUAGGUGGGAACUAAAGAAGAAAAUACUCGACCCAACGAAGCCAAGAAGCAUCAUAAUUGCUCAGCCAUUAACCUCUACAACUUGUUCUCUACCGAGAAGAAGACCAGCUUGCAGCCAUGGCUUCUUUGCAGUCCAACCUCCUCCUGCUGCUACUUGCCGCGGCAGCAGCGGCGGCGGCAGCGGAUGAGACGACGACGUCCGUGCGGUUCUACAUGCACGACACGAUGAGCGGGUCGAGCCCCAGCGCGAUGCGGGUGGUGCAGGGGCCCAACUCCACCGGCCUCGGCUUCGGCAACGGCUUUGGCGACGUCUACGUGGUGGACGACCCACUGACCGAGGGGCCCGCCGCCGACUCCGCUUUGGUCGGCCGGGCGCAGGGGUUCUACGCCUUCGCGUCUCAGCGGGCCGACGCGGCGGCGCAGCUGGUGUGCCUCAACCUGGUGUUUCCCAACGGGAGCACGGUGGCGGUGAUGGGGCACGACCCCAUCUACGCGCCGCAGCGGGAGCUGCCGGUCGUGGGCGGCACCGGCGCCUUCCGCCUCGCCCUCGGCUACGUGCUCGUGAGGACGCACACGCGGAACACCAGCUCCGGCGACGCAGUGUCAGAGUGGCAAUUGCACCUCGCCGCGAAUAGUUCCGCACAGAUUGACCCUUCCUCCACCUCCACACCCUCCUCCGGACCAUCAUCUAGAACUGCCACUCCUUUCCCUUCCUUUCAUUUUUCUUUAUUCUGCAUCUUAAUCCUCCAUAUUCUGAGUGCUUCUUCCUCCUCUUCUUCUGCUACUGCUCUGCACUCUUCGCUUACCAAUGUCUCCUCAAAGAGCAUCAUGCAAGUAAUUUUGAGCAUCACUUAGAUCUGUUUAUAUGUGGCCUUUUGUUGGGCUUGAGAUGA